AACUAAUUACAUUCUGCACUUGAUAAAAAAAAAGAAUAAUUGUCGUAUGCGGUGUAAAACUAGGCGACAAUACAUUUAUUUAUUGCUAUGAACUUUCCACUUUUUUAUUAAAUGAGUGAUCACCCUUUGAAGUGCGAUUGUUUCAAAGGAGACAUUAAGGAGAGUGAGGCGCCAGGGUUUGAGACUAAAGUUGACGCUGGUCGAGGUUAUCACACUUUGUCGCGGUAGAUUAUGAAACGAAAAUUUAGAAAUGGACAAUGUGAAAAAUCCCAGGAAAUCGUUGAGAGUAUUUUUAAUUCACAGUUACAGUAGAGGAAAUGGAUCGUUGGAAAUUUUUUUAAUGAUAAAUACAAAGUCUAAUGACAACACCAUGACAACGCAUAGAACAAUGGAAGAAAACUUCGUUAGCGGAGUGUUGAAAGAAGAGCCAGACCGCCUUCUACCCACUACUUAUAUUGAGGACAUCUGCGCCUCAACUUUCGAGAAGGUGUUCCUGCCCCUGGAGACCCACGAGGUUGAUUUUCCUAAUGAAAUGGUGAAACUAGAUUUAGAGGGUCCGAACUCCCACCACUCGUGGGUCUCCCAGAUCGCCAGCACGAGUUCCUCCUUUAAACUCCACAUGAAUCACGAAAUCGCCCCGAAAUCGAAAGAAAAUACAAACCAAGAAGAUGAGCAGGAUAAAAGGGCAAGAGGUGAGCAAGAGGAACCAGAGACACUGAAGAAAAUCGAGACACGCAGUAAACUGUCGAAAAAAUUCCGAAUAACGGUUCCGGCGACGAACAUAGAGGAGGCCCUGACCCACGAGGGCUACCCCAGCAUUUCUCACACCUCAAAAUUCUGUAAGAUUCAAUGCUCCCUCUGUAACAAAUGGUUCCUGAACAACGAGUCAAUGAUAGCCCACCUCCGAUCCCACUCCUCCUCUUUCAUCUGUCAAAUCUGCCAGGAGAUGUUUCCAAACGAUCACACUCUCGAUUCCCACAUGCUGAAGCACUUGGAGACGAAAAUUUCCACCGCAACGAUCGCUUCAAGUUCUCCCUUGGAAUGUGGAAUCUGCAACAAAGAGUUUUCCCUCAAAAAUUGUCUCCGAAAUCACCUACAGGCGCACUUGACCCAGUCGCUAACCAACCAUUGUGCCUGUCAGCAUGAUCAGCACCUCCAAGAAGACAACGACAAACCCUCUACUCUAUUGAGCAGUCCUUGUAAACUCUGUGAAGAAAAUUGCGAAGAAGAAGCACCAGGAAGAAGCAAGAAGCUGGACUUCAGAGAGGAUAAAAAAAAUAUCAAAAAUAAAUCGCAGACAGUUCUAAAGUUGAAACCAUUCCGUUGUGCCCUCUGUCCCCGAUCCUUUGCUCAGAGGACACCUCUGAAGAAUCACAUACUGACUCACAGCGAGGAGAGGCCCUUUGCCUGCAGAAUCUGCGAGAAGACUUAUAAGAGAAAUUCAGAAUUGAUCAGGCACACGAUGGUCCACACUGGAGAACGCCCUUAUGAAUGUAAAGAGUGUCUCAUGACAUUCAGGGAGAAAACUAAGUUAAACUCCCACAUGGUAGUCCAUACAGGUGAGAAACCCUUCGAGUGUCACAUCUGCCAUAAAUUCUUGGCAAGAAAGUCGGACCUAACCAGUCACAUGUUAUCUCACACUGGGGGACAGUACGACUGCAAGAUCUGUGAGAAAAUAUUCACCAGAAAGUCAGAUCUCAAUCGACACUUGCUAGUCCACACGGGUGAAAAACCCUUCGCUUGUGACUUCUGUGAUAUGGCGUUCAGGGAGAAGACUAGGCUUAACACUCACUUAGUAAUGCACACUGGGGACAAGAGACAUGCAUGUCGAAUUUGUGAGAAGAGAUUCAAGGAUAAAUUGGGCCUGAGGAAACAUAUGAUUGGACAUGCUGGGGAGAGACCGUACGUCUGUUUUAUUUGUAAGAAACGAUUCAAGAUGAAGAGCACGCUGGUGAGUCAUAUGCAAGUGCAUGAAGUGGACGUCGAGGAGGAGUACACGAAGGGUGAGAAUUUCGAAGGUGAAGGAGUCCUGAGGAAACAUAUUCUAGGGUUGGCGGGAGCGAAACAAAGGACGAAGGUUAAGAGUGAGGGAGAUGAGUUCGCAGCCAUGGAACAGGGCAAUGGAUGAAUAUUUGAAAUUUAUAGACGUUAAAGUUUUUCACGCGAGAGGUGACAUUCAGUGCAAGGGUUGAUGGAACUAAUUCGAUAAUUUAGCUUCAGUUGAAGAUUGAUUUUUCAUAAAUCUUCUUGGACUGUCUUUGAACAAUUGAAUGUAUUCAGUUUCAUACAGAAAUCUGAUAACUGCGAUCAAUGGAUAUUUCAUUAAGGUAAUUUUGUAUCUGGAAAUUUUACCGAUCUUUUAAUUCUACUGAAAAUAGGAGAGAUAAAUAAUUAAUAAAUUUUAUUAUGCAAUCAAGAUUUUUUGCGUAAAAAAUAUAAUAAAUUAUUGUACAGAUAAAUUCGUAGGUUCUGUGUGAAGACUCCAAUAAAUAUCAGUCAGUGAUA